UUUUCCACAAAACUCUUCACUUUCACCCAAAAACUCAUUAAAAACAAAAUCAUAAUUUAAAUUAAAUCAAUUCACAUCCUUUUCCUUUUGCAUUUUUCAGUUCGUGAUUUCAAAAUUCUCGUAGAAUCCGUACAGAUCUCUUCUCAAUUGAAGUGAUAUUGGUGUCACUGGCUCAUUGUACAUGAUCAUCACUUAUUGGCAUGCUACCUGAGGUAUGUCGUCGAAGAAGAGGCUGAACUAUGGUUUCAGUGGCUAUCAAUUUCCUGUUAUACCAAAAGCUCCUAGAUCAGUUAGAAGGAGACACUCGCAUAAUAAUUUGGACAAUAAUCAAAUUUGUGCAUUUGAAUUAUUGGCGGCUGUUGCUGGCGAACUUUUACAAGAGAGCGAAAGCUCUGCUUGUAGUAAUGCGGCGGAAGGAAAAGAUGAGCUUGCUGAUUGCAGGGUCGGUGUUAAAUGUGAGCAACUUAAAGAAGAUAAAGCUGUGAAAUCGGAGUGCUUCAGCCAGGGGAGUUGUGUAGAAAGCACUUAUAUACCAGAACCUGCAGCGCUAGAGCAGAAUCUCAAGCAUAGUUUGGAUAAGCCUAAUCAUGUAGAAAAUAAUAUUUUCCACAAACACAAUUGUAGUAUUAUGAAUGCUGAUUUUUCACAAAAAGACUGGUCUUGCGCAAAGUUGGAAAACUGCAAGAAGGUCGAUAGGGGUGGAAUGUUCCACUCUGAAGUAGAAGGCAGAUCCUCUAAUCUCGAGAAUGCAUGUAAUAAGAAAAUUGAGACAGUUACUCAAAAACAGUUAGAUGAUGACAGAAAGCAAACUGAUGACUUAACUGUGGCUAACUCUUGCAGUGUGAAGGGUCCAAUUGUGGAACAUGUGAAUAAUAAUGCCACAAUUAACUCAGACAACAGUGUACAGUUUCCCUUGUACAGGGCGGUUCCUAAGCCUUCUUUUGGAAAGCAAAGGAACAAUGUAAAGUUAGGUAUUAGAGAUGAUGACGAAAAUUCUUUUCGGUCUUAUAGCCACAGCAGUAAGAUAAGGGCCUUCAGGAAAACAUCACGUAUUGGAUACAGAAGAAUAAAAAGGAUUUUGACAUCUAGACACUGGAAGAUAGCUCCUCAGCUGAAGGACUGCGAACGGUCAUGCUUCAAUAAUAGAGUGAAGUCCUUUUAUCAAAACAGGAAAAGAAUAUGUGCACUGGAAAGAUGCCGAGUUGAAAUUCCUUCAAAGAGAAGGAAAAUGUCUCACUAUAACUCUGAUGUUGCUUAUGACCAGCAGGCCAGUAGUGAAAGAAAAUCAAACUCACCUGAAAAGGGAAUCAAGAGAGAUAUUAUCCCGCAUAGAGGAUCAGGGGCUUCAGCUUCAGCUAAAAAUCAUCAAAAAAAGGAUCCUUGUGUAAAAUUUAGCAUCAAGUCCUUCAACAUUCCUGAGCUUUUCAUCGAGGUCCCUGAAACUGAAACUGUUGGUUCGCUGAAGGUAUGCAGGGUCACAUCUUGUUGGGUCAUUGAUCAAGAUUACUUAACCUUGUGCAUCUGAGGAAUUCUACCAAUAUAUCGAUAAAUUUGAAUUGCUUUUUCUUGUAUGUUCACGAGGAUCCCCUGACAUUCUAGCUCGCUGGAGGGAAAUGAGAUGAUCAAUCAUGCAUUAAUAGAUUGUCGAUGAAUUCAUCUUUGAGAGUAUUAAUUAGCCUUUCUCAGC